AUGAACUUGUACCUUCUCUCAUCUGGCAUAAAACCACACCAUAUCUUGUCCCGAGGUCACUUUCUGCAUUUGGACAACAGCAACUAUCACUACGAUAAUAUUGUUAUCUCGGAGCCUUCGUCCUGGCUGCCUACUUUUCAUGGCCCGUCCUGCCCUAUCAACCACUUGAAGUCACCGAAAUGUGCGCCGAGAUCUGUGUUUCUAGUACACGAUGAGCCUCGACGUCCUCUGGAUAGUCUGUACAAACAUCUUCUCUGGCUUGCCGCUGAAACUGUGACCGUCAUCACGCUCGUCUUUCUCUUCCUCGUUUUGUGUUUCUCGGUGAAUAAUCUGGCAAGGCGCAUGGGUCACCUUGGGACAAUUAUUGCGCUAUAUUGGCACUCCGGCUUUGAAGCUAAUUCGACAGCGUUUCUGCCUGAUGUCUUUGCAAAUCUCUACAAGAUCCUGAUGGACGACGCUUUGGUUACUGAAGUACAUUCUCGCGCAGAGCAAUUCUCAGACUUCGACGCAAUAUUUGGCUCUAGUGCCGUCAAUUGCGGUCCUGAUGGAUUCUGUGCAACAAGAUCGUCAGCGCCUAGCACCGCAUGCACGCCAUCCCGCUCUUCUGCACUGUCUUCUGGGAUAUGCAACAAUUCCACUAUGAAGAGUCCGUUGCGAACUCCAAGAUCCCUCCCGGAACGAACAGAAGGUUCUUCGGCGUCAAGCGUUGUGCCUUCAUCGCCUUGCCCUCCAGAAAUCGAGGAAAUGCUCUUGGCUUUCCGCUCGGAGGCGAUGGUCAUGCUUCAGACGUCAAAUAUCCAACAGCAGGCGGUGUCGCCUCCCCCUGGAAGUUCUUAUCCAUCUCUUACACCUGUCGGGGAUACUGUCCCAACCAUAGUCAAACACGGCAAUGUUGAAGAUCUGGAACUCCAGGCUCCUUAUUCUGCACUUGCUAAGGCUACGAGCCUUGCCGAGGUGACCUACGAGACAGCAAUGUCAAAUGAUCAACUCAAGCUCCCUCAGGCGAAAGGCCUCAGUGCGUCUGCGGACAACGCAUCCCACCAGGGACCGAUCAGAUCUUCCGGAAAGGACCGCACAUUAUUUUCUUUUAUUCUUUUGUCAUCCUCGUUUGAAGACUUGUAUGCUCAAGCACGACAGCUCCCCGCAGUAGCCACCAACGUAAUUGCCGCCCCAUCGUCUCAGACACCGCUUCUCAUUCCUACAGAGCCCUCGCCUCCUCUUCCGCUACAAAAAAUCCUGCCCGCUCAUGAUGUACACCUCUCUUUGUCCCCGCCAAAGCAUGCAUCCGAGAUUUCUCGCACUCGUCCUAGAGCUCGCUCCCAGCAUACCUGUGUCUCGUCAACUCAGUCACGCUCCUCCAAACUCUCGGGUCCGCCUUCUGAAGGCGUAGCCGCGCUCGACCUGCUGACGGUCUCUUUCUCUCCAGGACAAUUCGACGUUGACGUCGAGUCCACCGCCCAGGGUGUGGAGUCCCUCGAAAGGCGCGCGACCGCAGACGCGCCCGUGUUUCGGUUCCAGCUCUUCCCUCCUGCGCCUGCACCCACGAGGACACGGCAGUCGCAUGGGGCAGAGACGGAGGAGGCGCUGGCGGGAACAAAGCGAAAGAACCCGGACACCGACGCAGGCGCUUCGGGGAAGAACAUAGGCAGUGCGCCAGGAGUGCGCGGGACGCACGUAGGCGCGAUGGGCGGGUCUCCAGAGCUGCAGCGCGCAGGGAUCCGAAUGAAUGACGCGGACGAGCACGUCGUCCCGCUUAGCUUCAGGGCUAAUGGAACACAGCGCAGGGAGAUCAAGAUCCGCCCGGGCUACCGCCCACAAGACCUCUACGCGAAGUACUGCCCGCCAGCGCUGCGCACGCGCACGCAGUCGGAGCGCCCAGUGGGGUCCGCCGCUUCUCCAGGCUCGCCCGCGUCCCCCGCAUCGCCGCGUUUCCCGCUAUGUUUCGGCCCGCGCGUCACGCCGAGGCGCAUGCUGUUCGACGACCCCCCAAGCACAGUGGGCAGCGCGGGCGGGUCGCCGACGUGGAAAAGGCAGAAGCGGGACGACGACACGCAGGAUGCGUGGCGCGCGAGGGCGCUCAGUCCGUCCGCGACGCCCCCUUCCACAGGCUCCCCUGCUUCCACAGCCGACACGAGCGGCGCGUGGAGGCGCACGUCUUCGCCGCUGCCGCGCGCGAUCUUCGUGAACGUGCACGCACCCAUGUCGGCCGCAGCGUUGCCGCGCAGCCCGGUGCUGCAGGAGCGAGCGCAGGCAGAGGGAGGAACGGCGACGAAGGAUACGCGCGGCGGUGCUGCGAUGGGGGUCGCACCCGCGCGGGGCCCGCGCACGAGCGCACACGUUCGCGCGAGCACGACGGGGACGGGGGUGCUGAGGAACACGCGCGGGCGCGGGGCCGCAGCGCCGAGCAGGCUUCCUCGUGCAGCGCCGGCGGCGGCGGUCGGGGCUGGUGUGGCGGACGGGGGUGGCGGCGGGGCCGCGGGCGUGCAGGCGCGGGCGAGACGCGGCGAGUCUGCUGGAAAUCAUUUGCGCGGGCAGACACGGGUUCGGGCGGGGGCGAAGGCGAGCGGGGGGCGGUCGCUUGGAGACGGGGCUGUGGGCGCUGUUGGCGGUGGUCCCGGCGGUGUCGGUGAGAGGGGUGUCGCGACGCAGAGGGGGGUGGUGAGAGCGGCUGCGGGGGGUGCGGGCAUGCAGGCGCGGGCGCGGGCGCACGAGGAGACGGGGGAGGGUCUGGCGGCGGCGCGGAGGCGGGUGAAGACGCGCUCGCGGACGGUCAGCGCGCGCGCGUGA